AUGCUCUUCUUGAUCUCACAGCUGAUUAGGGAGAAGCUGAAGCCCGGUGUUAGCUACUGCUGCUGGAAUCCAUGGUGCUGGCGGAAGACGUCGAAAGGGUCCAUUCUGUCGGUGCACAUCGCCAAGGAGGCCGGUCAGCUGGUCUUCUUCGUGAACAGCCCGUGGUGUCCCAAGCGCAGCAGCGGGAAAGAUGCCGGACUAUGGCAGCUGCUCUCCAAGGCGCCGCGGUACGACUCGCCGUUCGCCAACAACAGCCUCAUGGACCGCCUGCUGGGCGAGAUCAUGGCGCUCGAGGACUCCUUCUGCAGGACUCCGAGAUUAGGAAGUGGCAGCAGUGGUGGCGGAGGAGGCAGCAUCGGCGGCAUAGGCAGCAGCAGUGGGCGGCACAGGAGGGUGAAGUGGAGGUCGCUGGACGCCUUUGUGCGCCGCCUGCACGCCAGGCGCAGGGCGCUCUCACAUCUGCACCCACCGCCGCACGGCCUCUGCGGCUGCGUCACCCUUGAAGUCAGCUGGAGCGAUGUGCGCGGCCUCCGAUACGAGAAUGAACUGCAGGCGGAAGCCAAUCUGGCGAUGGAGGUCACACGAGUGGUGAAGCGCGAGUAUGACUCGUUUGACCACGCCGUGCACUCACAUGCCCUGCGCCUCUACCCCGCCACGCCCUCCCAUGGAGCCACACCGUUGCCUGGGAACACUCCCCUGCAGGGGACCAACGCCUCCCACGCCUCUGUGCCUGCUGCCAGUUCACGUGUCUCCACUGGUCUGUGGAUGGGCGGGAGGACGUUCAGUGGGAAUCGGGCAGGACCAAAGUCUCCCCUUGGGGCUGCUGCUGCUGCUGCUGCCUGUGGCGGCGCUGGUGCUGCUGCUGGGAGUUUUGGAGCAGUGUACAGCACUCCUGCUAGCAGUUUCGCUGGAAGCAGCAGACUAGCUGCUGCUGCUGCUGCUGCUGCUGAUGCUGCUGCUGCUGCUAUUGCUGAUGCUGGUGAUUCUGCCCAUGCUGGUGCAGCUCGUGCUGCUCCUUCCGGCGUUGAUGCUGCUUGUGGCAGUGGCUUGUGGAGCAGGCAGGGCCAGAUGUGCAUCACCAGCCCCUUUGGCAGUCCGAGAGAAGCCUUUGGGAGCUCUCAAAAGCUAGCCAGAAAAGCGCUCUUUCACGAACCGCGGGCUCCGUGCUCUCCGCUGUGCAGCCCUCCACACCAAGAGCAGCAGCAGCAACGCCAGCAGCAGGCAGGCACAAGCCAGUCCAGUUCGGACCUGAACGCAUGGAUGAGCGACUCCAGUGAGAGGUUUUCAGAGGGGUGCAGUGAGGUGGGCUUGCUAGACGCUGAUUUUGUUUUCCACGCCCAAUCAGAGGGUGAGUGCUGUGAUGAUAGCAGAAGCCGGGAGGUGACGAAUGGUGGAAAUCCGGCAGAGGAGAGGAUGCCGAAGGGAAUGGUGCUUGGAAACGCACCUGCUUGGUUGUUAGAGAAUGGGAGUGGUGGUGCCGCUGAUGAGAGGGAGUCCUUUUUGAGUGGGGAGCCUAGCUAUGCAUCCUGCUGGGAACAUGAGUUUCCACUGUACAGCGAGAGUCGAUCCAGUGUACAUGAUGACGUGGAAGCAGAUGGCGUGGAAUCAAGUGCAUGUGAUUAUAUUGAUGCAGAGCCACGUCAUACCUCAGAAAGCUGGGAGGAGGUGGAGGCAAAGUCACCACCCAAUGUACAUGAUGAUAUAGAGGCAGAUGGGGUGGAAUUGAGUGCGUGUGAUUUUAUCGAUGCAGAGCCACAUCACAGCCCAGAAUGCUGGGAGGACGUGGAGGCGGAGUCACAGCCCAGUGGAGAUGACGACGUGGAAGUGGUAGGGAUGGUAUCUAGUUGUAUGCGUGGAGAGAUGGAAGCAGUUGGGGUGGCAUCCAGUGUACAUGAUGACGUGGAAGCAGACGGGAUGGCAUCGAGUGUCUAUGAUGACGUGGACCAGGAUGAGGUAGUGUCGAGUGUGUAUGAAGGGACGGAGGAAGAGGCGUGGGAUAGUCCAGAGGGCUGGGAGGAGGUGGAGGCAGAAUUUUUACAGACUCUUUGUGAUGGCAGGGGCGCAGAUGGGGAAGUGUCGAGCGAGUUUCACGAGAUGGAAGCAUAUCCAAUGGAAGCAGGGUCAGCAGAAGCAGAUUCAGCACGGACUGUGCAUGGCGGUGUGGAGCAAGGGCUACCCCACCUCCCAUCCCCCCACCAAACCCGCACCCCUCCCACUCACCUCACCUACCCCUCCACCCUCCUAUCCUCUCCGAAACCCCUCCUCCCAGCCCUUCGCGCCCCUCCCACCACCAUCACCUACCCAGACACCCUCCUCCUCUUCCGCUUCACCCACCCGCAUCUCCCCGCCGCCCUCGCUGACGUCAUCACCACAGACCAGCGCCUGCUCCACCAAUUAGAAUCCGGCCUGCCUGCGUGGGCCGUUUUCCUCCAAUCCUGCGCCGGCCUCUCGGCCCUCUACCGCCCCUGGAUGCGUCCUCUCGUCGCGUACGCGUGCUUUAUAGUCUCCCUCGUUACAGUCCUCAUUGGAUUCUACGACCUGUAUAAGAACAUCCCGGUGCUACAGGAAAUGCUGGCGCGGAUGCUGGGGCCGAUAUGGUCAGUUGUAGGCACAUGGGACAUGGGAACAAGACUAAGAUACCUGGGAACGAUUCUCUUUCUGCAGAACUGGGAACGGGCAUUCAAGUGGCUAUCCUCCUCCUGGAAAGUCAUCUCGCAUGGGCUUUCCCUUCUCUCCUACCUCCUCUCUCUCCUCCUCCGUCCCUUCCAGCACCCCUGCUCGCUCCUCUCACACGCCUUCCUCCUCUGCCUCUCCAAACUCCUCUCCACCGCAUGGAACCUCGUAUCUGCCCUCAGGAAGCUGGUUACCAGCAGCGGCCGGUUCCUCAGCUACACCAUGCGUCCCCUGUGGCUGCUGGGGCAGCACACACUUGUCCCCCAACGGCUUGCUGCUGUAUCGGCUCCUCGCGCAAGCAUGCAGCAGCAGCGUGUGGAGAGUGUCUCAGCUGCUGUCUGCUCAGCUGUCGUUUGUGUAUACUCAAGCUGUGCUGCUGGGCCGGCUGCUUGGGAUGCUCCUUCACCCGCUGCUGCUCCUUGCUCGUACCCUCUGGGCCGUAGUGUAUCAUUUUCCCUGCUCUCAUGCACCUACCUCUGCCCUCUCAUCUCUCUCUCGUGUCUCAAUCCUACCAUUUCUCACACUUACGCUGCACAUUCUCACAUCCUCAUCUUUCACUCCUUCUGUCCCGCCAUCUCUCCCUCCGUCUCACCCACCAUGUCUCCCCACCGUUCUCCAGGUCGAGCCAUCAUCCUGCCCCUAGUCCAGUUCAUCCACCUCCUCCUCACGCCUCUCCUCUCCGCCCUCCUCUCUCUCCUCAAGCUCCCCCUCCAGCUGCUCCGUCUGCUGCUGCAAAUCUCCUCCUUCCUCUACUCCACCUUUUCUCACUCAUUCUCGAACUCCCUCUCCCUCUCCCUCGCCUCCUCCCUCAAAGCCCUCUCCCUUCACUUGACACACCUCUCCAACACCCUCUUGCUUCACCUUGUGUACCUUUCCAAGACCCUCGUGCAACCAAUCACAUACUCCAUAAAAGCCCUCUCUUUCACCUUCGCUUACGGAUUUAAAUCUGUGGCUAAUACUUUCUCCUAUAUCUCCAAGGCUGUUACCUCUUCCCUGCGAUUGGUCGGAGGGGCUCGAAAGCUAGGCUCGGCGACCAAGGCUGUGGGACAGCAGAUCUCUGCUGCAGGUUCGGCAGUUGGGCAGGUUUCCGCAGCUGCAGGUUCAGCGGUGGCUCGGUCGCCGUCCUCCUCUCUGCUGCAGCUGUGGCAUAACCUCUUCCAGAAGGUGGGGUUACCAGAGACAUUGUUCCGAGCCUUCAUGUGGAUCUUCAAGGGCGUGGGCUCCUUCGUAGCUGCUGCUAACAGACACCGCCUCAGCACGAGGCACUAUGUGCUGUCCCAGGCGCGCAGGCUGCAAGCUCGGUCUCUCCAAGCUGCUCAGCACGCCCAGUCAACAGUGCUCAAGUAUGGUCGCAAGCUGCUUGCUCCCCCUCGCAUUACGACCGCUCCUCCAGAGAUUCUAGUUGCUGCUCGACCAGGGGAGACUGCACGAGUGGGGAAUCGUGAGGAGGAGGGGGGGCAGGGGGGAAGGGGAGGGGGAGUCUCAGGGGUUGUCGUCACUCGUGAAGGGGCUGAGGAGGAGCAGCAGGGGGGAAGAAGAGGGGGAGUCCCAGGGGUUGCUGUCAAUCAUGACGUGGCUGAGGAGGAGUUCUGGGAUGCCCCAGAGAGCAUCAUCGAUGGGGGACCUGAGGAGGGUUGUGAAGAGGAUUCUGAUUCCGAAUGGGACAAGUUUGAGGAGGGAAGUGACUUUGAGGAUAAGGGUGAUGAGGAGGAUGAUGAGGAUACAAAGGUUUCAGGAGAUCACCAGGACGAGGAGGAGGACGAGGAGGGGGAGGAGGAGGAGGGGGGGGGAGGAGGAGGGGGUGUUUGA